AUGCACAGGGCGGGCGCUCAUCUGGCGGGGACGGGCGCGGGGCGGGCAUGCGCGUACGGGAUGGAGGCUGGCGGCACACAGGGCGGGCGGGCGGGCGGGCGUCAUCGGGCGGGUGCGGUCGGCACGCGGGGCGGGAGGGUGCGCACGGGGCAGGGGCAGGCGGCGCGUGGAGUGGGCGGGCGCGCACGGGGCUGGGGCCGACCACGUGCGGGGAAGGCGGGCGCGCAUGGGGUGGGGGCCGGCCGCGGGCGGGGCGGGCGGGCUCGUUCGGGGCGGAAGCCGGCCGCGCGUGGGGAGGGCGGGCGGGCGCAAACGGGGCAGGGCCCGGCCGCGCGCAGGGCGGGCGGGCGCCAGCCACGCGGGGGGCGGGCGGGCGUGCACGGGGCGGGGGCCGGCCGCGCGAUGUUACUGCUGGUCGCGGGGCGGGCGGGGGCCGGUCGCACGCUGCAAAACGUUUACAAUGUUUGGAUCCAUCACCGAUAUAGCUCUUCAUGA